UCACGUGAAGGACAUAGGCAAACUCUCCUUUUUAUUAAUACGCUCACCGGCACCAUGGCAGCUUUUACUGCUGCUACUGCUGCCAACAUCAAUAACACAGACAAUACCGUGCCUAAAGCAGCAUGGCAAAAGCAAGAGAACAACAUCAAAAAGAGUGCACAUGAGAGUGACCAGAGAAGGAGCAGGAACCAGAAUGUGGGGCAGAACACAAUCCUGGAGAAAACCUACGAGUUCUUCCAGAUGUGUGACCUUGAAAACAAGGGUUUCGUCACUCGGCGGGACAUGCAGAGACUGAAUGGUGAGCUUCCUCUCAGUGCAGAUGAGUUGGAGAAAGUGUUUGAUACCCUUGACUCUGACAGCAAUGGAUACCUCACUCUCGAUGAGUUCUCCUCAGGCUUUAGUGCAUUUCUGUUUGGCCGGAGGAUUUCUGUAGAAGAAGGCAUGGGGGAGAAAACCCCCAGUAAACCCCUGCCAGAAGUCCUUUACCAGUCCCAGUGGGAGGAGAACGGGCCAAAGGAGGACAAGGAUGAGGAAGAAAAGCACUUCUGCAUGCUCAUGGAGAGCCUUGGAGCCAACAGCGUUUUUGAAAAUCCUGCUGAAGUGCACAGUCUGUGGGCCCAGCUCCGCCGAGAUGAACCACAUCUUCUGUCGACUUUUGAACACUUUCUGGCCAGAGUGACAACCCAAAUCACGGAGGCCAACCAGGAGAAGAGGGAGAUGGAAAGUGCCAUCAGAAGGAAAGCUGUAACACAUGAUGAUGAAAUCCAGCGUCUAUAUGAAGAAAUGGAGCAACAAAUAAAAAACGAAAAAGACCGGAUUGUACUGCAGGACUAUGAGCGAUUUCUGUCUCAGAGUAAAGACCUGGAGCUGCAGCUGUCCAGUAAGGAGAAGGAGGUAGAGCAACUUUUCCAAAAACAGAGACGGUUGGAGUGUCAGUGCCAGGAACUUCAUAGUGAGCAGCAUGUGACCCAAGUGGAGAACGUGAGGCUGAAACAGACGAAUGAUGAGUUGGCUCGAGAGCUGGAGCACGUCAGCCAAGAACUGACACUGACUCAGGAGCAGCUGAGUCUGCUGCAGGAACAGUCCACACAACUUCACGAAGAGAAAGAGAUGGAGAUUUACAGACUUACGGAGGGACUGCAGAGGGAGCGAGCAAGCCUUCUGAAACAGUUGGACCUGUUGAGAGAAGUGAACAAACACUUGCGAGAUGAACGAGACAUGAGCUAUCAGAAACCAAAUAAUAAUAAGAAAACAGCAGGUUUGAAGCAGAGGAUUUCUAUUGAUGUUAUGAAGCAGACAAAUCCAGAUGUCUUCAAAAGUGAGGAUGAAGAGGAGCUGACCUCAAUCUCCAAGAGGCAGACCUUCAUUAAUGGGACAUACCAGUCAUCUUUUAGAGCAGAGGCAAGCGGACACCUCCGAAGGAUCAUCUCAAUUGAGGAAGACCAUCUCCCUCAUUUACUGAAUGGCUCUCAGGCUCAGAAUCUGCUUCAAAAGUGUACAGAAGGAGAAGAACACUCGGACAUUGAAGAGAACGCAGAUUUUGUAACAAGUGAUAUUUGCCAUCGGACGUCACCGGCCCGUCAGCAACAGUCAGUGGAAAAUGUGGAGGAAAGUCCAAUUCCAACAUCUCCAAGAGGUCAACCUGUUGGCAAGGAAACCUGCAUAAAUGAGGAAAGUGUUCCUUCAGCACCUGAUCGCCUCUUCAAGAUUGUCCUGGUGGGAAACUCAAGUGUUGGAAAGACCUCACUCCUUCAAAGAUUCUGUGAUGGCCGCUUCCACCCUGGUACUUCAGCCACUGUUGGUAUAGACUACAGUGUAAAAACAAUAACGGUGGACAGCAGCAAGGUGGCGCUGCAGAUGUGGGAUACAGCAGGGCAGGAGCGGUAUCGAAGCAUCACCAAGCAGUUUUUUCGUAAAGCUGACGGUGUGAUUGUGAUGUAUGAAAUAACUUCUCAGGAGAGUUUCACAGCCGUCAGACAGUGGCUGACAAGUGUCAAGGAAAGUGCAGGUGAGGACUUACCCAUCAUGCUCUUGGGAAACAAAACGGACAAAGAGCUGGAGAGACAAGUUCAGAAGGAAGUGGGUGAAAAACUAGCCAAGAACUGCCACAUGACCUUCUAUGAAUGCAGUGCAUGCUCUGGAUACAAUGUAAUGGAGUCUAUGGCAUCUAUGGCUAGAAUUCUGAAAGAGCAAGAAGACCGAGAGAAGGAGAAGACAGUCGAGUUGGUCAGUAACCCCUCAAAGAAGGGAUCCUGCUGCUAAAAACACUUUUAAUACAAUAACAUUGUAACACUACCCAAUG